AUGCCUCAACCCCGUCCACUGCCACACAGGCUUUGCAAAUCGGAAGAGCCAAACAACACUGGCAACUUUGAGCAGAAUUGGGUUGGUGAAAAUAUCACUGCGGGACGCAGGGGCUAUUAUAUGAGGGUAUACCUGGAAUGGAUGCGCAAAGAAACCAAGCCAGACCAGAUGGAUAAGAUCUUCCAGGAAUGCAAGAAGAAACUCUAUAUAUGGUUCACAGAGGACUUUAAACUUCAUCCGCGUGGGCGUUUCUAUGAAUACGUGCUAGACCUUUGGGUCUGGCUUAUCUGGCUCAAAGGCAUUACUCCGGUCCCCAUUUUCCCAUGGAGAUAUAUUGGGGGAGCGCCACAAGCUGAUUCAACAGCUUCAUGGAAGGGCCAAAUGACCACGAGGAAUAAGAAACUCGUGGAGAUUUCAUCACUUUUUUCCGUUGACGACAUUCUCAGAGACCCCAAGUAUGUGUUCAAGCCUGAGUUGAAGGAUGAAACCCGCCUUGAUCGACUGCUAGGCGCCGCUAGCAAAAAUCAACAACAAAACCCAUUGCCAGCACCGCCAGUAUCUCUCGGCAACAGCGCCGUGCCUGUUCACCAGAACGAUGGCAACUUCUCUGGCAUCUUGUCCGCGCCAACAAAAGCGGGACAAGUUGCCAACCUUGCGCAGAGCCUUCAGAUACAAGAGCCACCUCCGCCAGCACUACGGAACGGAGAAAACCGCGUCCCUUCCCGGGAUAUCCUGAACCCUUCCACUGUUGGCCAAAACCUGAGCCUUUCCCAACACCAAGAAACAAAUGAAGAGCAACAACUCAAGGCCUCUGUAUCCAGCCCGCGCCCAAGUAAGCGACGUCGCUCAUCAUCUUCUGCUGAGCCGCGCAGCGCACUGGCUCUAUCCCUCGACCGAUUCGCCAACAUGAGCGCCCGCUUGCAUUGUGUGGAGGAUGAGAACUUCGACGUUGAUAUCGUCGCAUGGAUGGUCAUGGGUCUUGGGGCUGAUGAUUCUCGACGACGUCUCUUCUACUUUCUCGACAAUGGAGCAUUGGACGUAUGGUACUGCUUGGCAGAUGUCGCGUCACAACCCCUCCGCCUUCUGACUGAGCUCGAAUCAUCCCAAGAGGCAUGUAUUUCUCAUGGGCUUUCGUGCAAACGGGUGAUGGUUGUCAAAGAUGAACUUGAUUGUCGACGACUUCGUUUCGCAUCAGUUAGUCGUGAUGAGUGA